AAAAUAAAUUUUGACAAACCAAAGGAAAAACAGCGGUAGAAAGAACUAGAAAAGAGAAAACCUCACACUAACAAGAACCCUAGCGUCCUCUCUCUUUACUUGCUCUCUCUUCCUCCUUCCCUCUCUUUCACUGAUCAAAUCUCUCUUUCUUCUCUAAAUCUGCAACAAUGGCAGCCAUGCUGCAACCGCAAAUCAUACUAUUGAAGGAAGGGACAGACACGUCCCAGGGGAAGGCGCAGUUGGUCAGUAACAUUAACGCUUGCACUUCGGUGGCCGAUGUAGUUAGGACGACGCUUGGACCAAGAGGGAUGGACAAGCUUAUCCAUGACGAUAAAGGAAAUGUCACCAUUUCUAACGAUGGAGCUACUAUUAUGAAGUUGCUUGAUAUUGUUCAUCCUGCCGCCAAGAUCCUUGUCGACAUCGCUAAGUCCCAAGACUCUGAGGUUGGUGAUGGAACCACUACAGUAGUUCUGCUUGCAGCAGAGUUUUUGAAGGAGGCAAAACCUUUCAUAGAGGAUGGUGUCCACCCACAAAAUUUGAUACGGAGUUAUAGGACUGCAAGCUAUUUGGCAAUUGAGAAGAUCAGAGAACUAGCUGUGAGCAUAGAAGGGAAAAGUCUAGAAGAAAAGAAAGGUUUACUUGCUAAAUGUGCUGCCACAACACUUUCUUCAAAGCUUAUAGGUGGAGAGAAAGAAUUUUUUGCACAGAUGGUUGUGGAUGCUGUCAUUGCAAUUGGGAAUGAUGACAGGCUUAACAUGAUUGGAAUAAAGAAGGUACCUGGAGGCAAUAUGCGAGACUCCUUUCUAGUUGAUGGUGUUGCCUUUAAAAAGACAUUUUCAUAUGCGGGGUUUGAACAACAACCAAAGAAGUUUGUGGACCCCAAGAUACUUCUACUCAAUAUUGAAUUGGAAUUGAAAUCUGAGAAAGAAAAUGCAGAGAUAAGAUUGUCAGAUCCAUCAGAAUAUCAAUCGAUUGUUGAUGCAGAAUGGAAUAUCAUUUAUGACAAGUUGGAUAAAUGUGUACAGAGUGGGGCCAAGGUUGUCCUUUCACGUCUGGCUAUUGGAGAUUUGGCAACACAGUAUUUUGCAGAUAGAGAUAUUUUCUGUGCCGGCCGUGUAGCUGAAGAAGACUUGCAAAGGGUUGCUGCUGCAACUGGUGGAGCUGUGCAAACAACUGUCAACAAUAUAAUUGAUGAGGUUCUUGGAACUUGUGAGAUUUUUGAGGAAAAGCAAGUUGGAAAUGAGAGGUUUAAUAUAUUCAGUGGGUGCCCUUCUGGAAUGACAGCUACUAUAGUUCUUCGUGGUGGGGCUGAUCAGUUCAUUGAGGAAGCUGAACGAAGUUUACAUGAUGCUAUCAUGAUAGUUAGAAGAGCUGCAAAGAACUCAACUGUUGUUGCUGGUGGUGGUGCAAUAGAUAUGGAAAUCAGUCGAUUCUUGAGGCAGCAUGCACGCACAAUAGCUGGGAAGUCUCAGUUGUUUAUUAACUCUUAUGCAAAAGCCCUGGAGGUUAUUCCAAGACAAUUAUGUGAUAAUGCUGGGUUUGAUGCAACUGAUGUGCUGAACAAAUUAAGACAGAAGCAUGCACUUCCGUCUGGUGAGGGUGCACUUUUUGGGGUGGAUAUCAACACAGGUGGAAUUGCAGACUCAUUUGCCAAUUUUGUUUGGGAGCCAGCAGUUGUGAAGAUCAAUGCUAUAAAUGCUGCUACUGAGGCUGCCUGUCUCAUAUUGAGUGUGGAUGAGACAGUAAAGAACCCUAAGUCUGAAAGUGCUCAAGGGGAAGCUGCUGCAAGUGCUAUGGGUGGUAGAGGGCGUGGAGCUGCUUUCCGCGGUCGUGGACGUGGAAUGCGAAGACGAUGAGCAUGCCAGUUACCAGAUGUAAUUUUCUGGAAGUGUCAUACUUGUUAAAAAGCAUCUUUUUAAAAUUGCGCUCUUGAUUUUAGUUGGCUUCACAUCAUAUCAUCAUUUGAAUUAGAACAUUAUGCUGACUAGUAGCUUUUUGGAAUGCAGCUACUGCUUAUUUUUGCUGGGUGUUAAGAGAAUCUUUUUUUAUAAGUAGGAGUUUGAUGAUAUCUUCUGUAAUUUCUUCCUUUUUUUAUCCCCUUUGAGAAUGGACAUGUUGUGUAUUUUGGAAUCACUUUUGAGAGGAAAUAUUUUUUGGCAAUGA